AUGUUGGGCAAAGGUUCACCUCUAGGCAAAGCUUCAAGAAUGUUGUGGCAAAGAAGCAAAUUUUAUUUGUAUGGUGGAUGGGAUUCAAAGAGAGUUGUGUAUGUUGUUAAAUCAGUUGACGGUGAGCAUAAAUGUUCAAGAAAUACAAAAAAGAACAGGCAAAUGAAAUCCAGAUGGGUAGCAGAUCAAUUCUUAGAGGUGUUCAAGGUUCGACCACAUUGGCAAGCUAAAGAAAUAAUGGCUACGAUUAAGAAAGCCUUUGGUGUUCUUGUUAAUAAGGAUUUUGCUUAUAGAGUAAAGUAUCAUGCACAUCGAAUGCUUCAUGGUAGUAUGCUAGAGCACUACACCAAGCUUGGUAGUUACAUUGAGGCUCUGAAACACAUUAACCCACAAAGUGUAACAUCCGGGUUGAAACAUGGAUGGUUAAAGGGAUGUAGGAAGGUUAUUUGUAUCGAUGCGUGCUUCCUAAAGACCUUUUUAGGUGGCCAACUACUAAGUGCCAUUGGGAGAGACCACAAUGAUCAAAUGUACCUAAUAUCAUGGGCCGUUGUAGAGGGUGAAAACAAUGAAAUUUGGGAAUGGUUUCUACAGAAUCUUCAGAUUGUUGUCAACUUAGGUGAUGGGAACGACUUGGCUAUUAUAUCAGAUGAACACCAGGCAAUAUUAAAUGGUGUUGCUAAAGUGUUCCCCAAAGCUGAACACAUACAUUGUGUUGGACACAUUUACGCUUAUUGGCACAAGUCAUUCAAGGGUGAGGAGUUGAAGCUUCUGUUUUGGAAGGCAGUUAAAGCGUACAAUAUGGCUGAUUUUGAAGAUGCUUUAGUGGAGAUGGAGAAAAUAUUACCAGCAGCUGUGGAUGGAGAUGUUAGUAAGUGGAAAGGUGAUUAUGGUCCUAGGGUUAAAGCUAGACUAGAAAAGGAGAGAGAGAAAGCUAAGAAUUUUGAUGUUAUCCCUUCAACUAAUAUGAUCUUCCAAUGUAGUCAUUAUUUAAUUGAUGUUAUGACUGUCAAUUUAGAAAGUAGGACCUGCACAUGUCGGAACUGGGAUUUGACAGGGAUUCCAUUUCGACAUGCUAUUGCUUAUAUCUCUUUUGUUCGUAAAACUCCCAAAGAUUACAUUAAUCCUUUGUACAAAAAGGAUAAAUAUUUGCGGGCAUACGCCUAUUCCAUUCCACCAAUGGAAGGGCCUCGAUUUUGGCCUAAAACAGAUCUUACACUCACACCUCCACCUAUUAAAAUAAGGCCUGGUACACCUCACUUGAAUAGGAGGAAAGAUCCCCAUAAAAACCCAAAAAAAGUAGGAAGACUGAGUAGGCACGGUAUGGAAAUGACUUGUGGCAUUUGCAAGGUUAAGGGUCACAACAAACAGAAAUGUCCAAACAAGGGUAGGAUGCCAACUAAUGAUGAACCACCACAACCUCCACGCAAGCAGGGCAGACCAAGAAAGGCAUCAGCCUCUACAACAACAAUCCCAGAGAAUGUACAAGAAAAAGGAGCUCAACCAACAAGAAUAGGUAGAAAUGGAAGGUAA